AUGGGCUCGAGCUUCAGGAGCGAGGAGAUGUGCCUGGCACAGCUCUUCCUGCAGUCUGCUUCAGCGUACGACUGCAUCAGCGAGCUCGGGGAAAUGGGCCUCGUCCAAUUCCGAGAUCUCAACCCCAGUGUCAGCCCCUUCCAGCGCCGCUUUGUCAGCGAGAUCAAGAGGUGUGAAGAGAUGGAGAGAAUUCUGGCAUACAUCUUAAAGGAAAUCAAAAAGGCCAACAUUGCCAUUCCAGAGCCUGAAGUCAGUCCUGUAGCUCCUGCGCCCAAACACGUGCUAGAGAUUAUGGAGCGGCUGCAACGUUUGGAGGUGGAGCUCAGCGAGGUGACCAAGAACAGGGAGAAACUCCAGCGGAACCUUCUGGAGCUUACCGAGUACACACACAUGCUGAGGAUCACACACACCUUUAUGCACAGCCGCUCUAGGCAUGAGGCUCUGGGCCCGCAAUACGAGGAGUUCCCAUCUCUGGAGCCCGAGUCUGUGGCCGGCUGCACCAGCAUGCAGAGACUGGGGGCCAAACUGGGGUGAGUGAUGAUGGAGUGUCACUUCAUCCCUACGGCUGUGUCCCAAACACCAGUGUUUCAUACAUCAGUCAUCAUUAUGAUUUUAUAAACACCACAGAGAAGAGAUGGUGCAAAAAAAAAAAAAAAAACAUCCUAAAGUGGCACUAUUGUGGCCUGUUAGCGAAUCGGGUGAUGUCUCAAAUCACUCACUUCACGUGUGUGUAGUGUGUUGAUGCUAGAAAGCUUGGUGAGAUACUGUGGAGGAUGAACUAGAGCCACAGGGAGAUGAAGUGUGGAACUGUGGAACAGUUUUUCCCGCCGCGGUCUUCUCGACAUCGUGAAAGGGGCGGAGCCAUCACGGGGCUUUGGGUACUUU